GUUAGGAUUCUCGAGCCGGGCUGAUGCAGCAGGUAUCACUGGAUGUCUGACGUUGUUACAGACCUGGAUAUACGAGUAUUUUCCUGCGUUUCGACCACACCGCGACCCGGUUCCCAUUGGUGAUGGCCAGCCACGUGCCUGUGCGUGGAGUCCGCGUGUCGAGAAGAAGUCCGUUGACCGCCUGCGCUCCAUACGGUUAUCGCUUGACAGGAUGUCCCCCUUAGAGGUGAACUGGAUGCCUUUCGGCCAGAACCCUAGUAAUAGGGUACCUAGGACCCUCUACACUGGACUGAUUCAGUAUCGCGAGAUCGUAGAGGCGUACAUGCCGCAGCGCUGUCUUCGCCAGCUUGGAUUUGUCCAAGUUGUCCCACCUCCACCGGCAUGGCCCAGUAAGGCGGUACGAUCUGCGUCGUCGAAGGAGUACGUCGUCCAAUGGCCGUCAAACAUGAUAGCCAUGUGGGAGCAGUUUCCGAUGGUUGCCCGCCUAUGGACGGCGGAGCUGCAGCGGCCGCCAAGUGGGGUGACUGCCAUGUGUGACCAGCACUACAUGGAAUGGUACAUCCGGCACUCGCACCCGAGGUUGAUCAAAGACAUCGACGACGCAGAUGAUGACGAUGUGCCACCUGCCACUGCCUCUUAUGCGUGGAUGGGCAAGAUUAUGCAGUUGGGACACCGACUUUUUUGAGGAAAGGGACUGCAUGACGAGUGCAUCAGGCAGAGCUGUUAUUGACGAUCUGGAACGGACCCUUGAGCAGUGGCAGUGGGCGUCACAGAGGGAUUACUGAUAUUUGAAAUUAGACAUUAUCUUUUUAGUUUGUAAUAUUUGAAAUUAUUGUUCUUAGUUUUUAAAAUUCAAUAUUAUCUUUUUAGUUUGUAAUAUUUGAAAUUAUUGUUGUUAGUUUUUAAAAUGAAACAUUAUCUUUUAAAAAUGAACACAUAGAAAUGACAUAGUAUUGACAAUACAAGGCCUCAUAGUAAAAGGUAGGUGUACAUCAACAAAAACUACAUGGCAAUUAA